CUCAACCCCACAAGUCAAAGCCAAUGGCGCCAUCAUCCUCCCCACCCACCAAACCCUAACCCUAACCCUAACCCUAACCCUAACCCGCAACAAUCCUUAUCCCCCCAACUCGCUUCCUCUUUCCUUCUCUUCGUUCCGUUAGACUUCCAUGGACGGAGGACCCGGGGGCGGUGACGUUGAGCUCCUCUCAUGGACUUUGCAGUUCGAGCACAAACUCUUCUACUUCGAUCUCAAGGAGAAUCCUCGGGGACAGUACCUUAAGAUCUCUGAGAAGACUUCUGCUACUCGAUGUACAAUCAUCGUGCCUCUUGAUGGUGUUGCUUGGUUUCUUAAGUUGUUUGAUUAUUAUGCUAGUGUUGAUGAGCAGGAGGUUGUUAAUAAGCAGUUGAAGCUUGAGACAAAGGUGUUCUACUUUGAUAUUGGUGAGAAUAAGAGGGGUCGGUUUUUGAAGAUCUCAGAAGCGUCUAUUAGCAGAAAUCGCAGCACAAUAAUUGUUCCAGCUGGAAGCUCUAGUGGAGAAGGAUGGGUAGCGUUUAGGAAUAUUUUGUUAGAGAUAAAUGAGAAAGCCUCGCAGCUUUUCAUGGCACCUGACCAGCAACGAAUGGAACCUUCAGAACAUCUUCCUGGUCUCUCAGAUGAUGUCGGGGCUGGAUUCAUAGCUGGGCAUAGUACACAACUGGCCACUGGAUCAGACCUCAAUGUUGAUCGGUUACUUGAACUGCCCUCUCAGGAUGAAGUUGGAGGUUUGGGAACAUCAAAAGUUAUGAGGGCAGAUCAGAAGAGGUUUUUCUUUGAUUUAGGUAGUAAUAGUAGGGGUGAUUUCUUGAGGAUAUCUGAGGUCAUAGGAGCCGAUCGUUCAUCUAUCAUCCUUCCAUUGUCUGGGCUGAGGCAGUUCCAUGAAACAAUUGGCCAUUUUGUGGAGAUAUCCCAAGACCGACUAGAACCAUUGACCAGCAUGAAUGUGCGGAAUGUGGAGCAGAGAUGAUUGUGUUGUUUACCUUCAUUUGCCCGAAAUACCUUCUCUCCAUUCUUUGUGUGUCUAUGAAUAAUCUCUCAUGUUCGUGUGGCAUAGGUUGAGAUAUAAUGGUUGUUGGUUUGGGUUGAGAUAUAAUGGUUGUUGGUUUGUUAGUUAUAUCGAAAAAUACUAGAAAUACCUCUUCUAAUGCGACAGAGGUGUUUCUGUUUGUGUACAAUUUCCUGCUAUUCUUUGUUUUUAAAGAUUUGUUUGCUCAGUAAAGAUGUCUAGUGAUUGUUCUGCAAAUA